AGGAGGAAGAGUAUGUGGUGGAGGAGGAGUAUGUGGUGGAGAAGGUGAUGGACCGCAGAGUGGCGAAAGGAAGAGUAGAGUUUCUGCUGAAAUGGAAGGGGUUCUCAGAUGAGGAUAACACAUGGGAGCCUCAAGACAACCUGGACUGCCCCGACCUUAUCACCGAGUACAUGCAGAAACGCAAGGAGGAGAAGAAGAAGGAGGACAAGAGGAAAGUUGUCAGUGAGGCUUCGGGAGACUCAGAGGAGCGAGGGAGCAAGAGGAAGAAGGAGGAGAAACGGAGAGGAGGAGAGGGACCCAAACGUUACCACUGUCAACACUGUGACAAAUCCUUCACAACAUCUGGAUAUUUAAAGAUUCAUCAGAGAGUUCACACUGGAGACAAUCUACACCGCUGUGAUCAGUGUGGGGCAGCUUUCACACGACAGAGUGACCUAAAAAUACAUCAACGCAUUCACACUGAAGAAAAGCCUUACAGCUGUGAUGUAUGUGGUAGAACCUUUUCUCAGUGUGGUAGCCUUCAAUCUCACCAGCGUGUUCACACUGGAGAGAAGCCAUACAGCUGUGAUCAAUGUGGUAAAACCUUUUCUCAGAGUGGUAACCUAGAAAAGCACCGACAUGUUCACACUGGAAAGAAGCCUUACUGCUGUGAACAGUGUGGGGAAAGUUUUACUCAUAGUAGUUACCUUAAAAAACACCAGCGCCUUCACACUGGAGAGAAGCCGUACUGGUGUGAACAAUGUGGGAAAACAUUUUCUCAGAGUGGUAACCUUAAAACACAUCAACGCAUUCACACUGGAGAGAAGCCUUACAGCUGUGAUCUAUGUGGUAAAACGUUUUCUCAGAGCACUGGCCUUAAAUGUCACCGAAGUGUUCACACUGGAGAGAAGCCGUACUGGUGUGAACAAUGUGGGGAAACAUUUUCUCAGAUUAGUAACCUUAAAACACAUCAACACCUUCACACUGGAGAUAAACCUCACAGGUGUGAACAAUGUGGGAAAACUUUUUCUCAGAGUAGUCACCUUAAAAGACACCAGCGCGUUCACACUGCCUCGUUAAUCCAGAGUGAGUCCAGCAGCCCCAGUGGACAUCUGCUGGAUUUCAGGACAAGAGAGGAAUGGAGGAGGACAACCAGAACCAGGAGCAGCGGAGCAACAAGGUCCCCAGAAGACCAGCAGCAGACUGGGACUCUGAUACCAGCCAUGUUCAGUGAGGAUAACACAUGGGAGCCACAAGACAACCUGGAUCUUGACCUUAUCACCGAGUACAUGCAGAAACACAAGGAGAAGGAGGGCAAGAGGAGAGUUGUCAGUGAGGCCUCGGGAGACUCAGAGGAGCGAGGGAGCAAGCGGAAGAAGGAGGAGAAACGGAGAGGAGGAGAGGGACCCAAACAUCACCACUGUCAACACUGUGACAAAUCUUUCACAACAUCUGGAUAUUUAAAGAUUCAUCAGAGAGUUCACUCUGGAGACAAUCUACACAGCUGUGAUCAAUGUGGGGCAGCUUUCACACAACAGGUUAACCUAAAAAUACAUCAACGCAUUCACACUGAAGAAAAGCCUUACAGCUGUGAUCUAUGUGGUAAAACCUUUUCUAGGAGUGAUAACCUUAAAUCUCACCAGCGUGUUCACUCUGGAGACAAUCUACACAGCUGUGAUCAAUGUGGUAAAACCUUUUCUCAGAGUGGUAGCCUUAAAUUUCACCAGCGCGUUCACACUGGAGAGAAGCCGUACAGCUGUGAUCUAUGUGGGAAAACUUUUUCUCGGAGUAGUCACCUUAAAACACAUCAACGCAUUCACACUGGAGAGAAGCCGUACAGCUGUGAUCUAUGUGGUAAAACCUUUUCUCAGAGCAGUCACCUUAAAUCUCACCGACGUGUUCACACUGGAGAGAAGCCGUACUGGUGUGAACAAUGUGGGGAGACUUUUUCUGAUAAUGGGGCCCUUAAAAAACAUCAACGCAUUCACACUGGAGAGAAGCCGUACAGCUGUGAUCUAUGUUGUAAAACUUUUUCUCAUAGUAGUAACCUUUCUCUCAGACGUGUUCACACUGGAGAGAAGCCGUACUGGUGUGAACAAUGUGGGGAAACUUUUUCUCAGAGUAGUCACCUUAAAAAACACCAGCUCAUUCACACUGCCUCGUAGUGAACAUGUUUCCGAGCCAAGCUGUUUCCUCCUGCCUCCUCCUCAUGCCCUGAUAGCUGUGUUGUUAUUUUCUGAUCUUCUCUCCACAUUGAAGGCUGACCAGCAGUAACUUUAUCUUCUGAACAGCAUGGAUGUUAUCCUGGCUAGGACUACACACUACACUCCCUCCCUUUGAAGGGGUUUAUUCCACUCAAAAUUAGUUUGUAAUAUAAUAUUCUGAUUUCAGGGAUCAACUGCUUGUGCUUUUUAACUAAUGCUGCAACAAAGAAGUAUUUGUUGUUCUUAAUUAAUCACCUUGUAAAUAGCAUUUACAAAAAUCCCCAUCACUGUUUACUAAGGUGAUGUCAAGCUGCUUAAAUAUUCAGUUUAUUGUCACUUAAGACGACAAAGCAAACCUUCAUAACUGACCAGCUUUAAUCAGAACAUGUUUGCUGCUGCUGCUGCUUAAAAAAUGACGAACAGUUAAUGUGUUUAAACUGUGUCUGUGCCGCCGCCAUCUUGGGACAGACAACUGAUCUUAAAGACUCAGAAAAAGAUAGUUGUACUGCUUUUGGAUGUUCAUGUGAAAGAAAUGCUAAACUAAGCAACAUGGAAUAACAUUUCACGGAUGAAAAAUGUGUUUUACAAUAUUAUACUAUUAAUAAAGUGUUGAAUUUAGUAUCACAAAAGGUAACAUUAAUCCUUCUUUUAAGCUAACAGUAAGUUAAGUGACUGUCCUGAUACUGAAUUGAGCUAAUGCUAGCUUGUAUCAGGUCAUGUAUGUUUUAUUUGAGUGAUUAUUAAUAUCUCAUUAAGAUGCUGAAAACGAUGUUUGUUAUGUGUGUCACUGAACAGUUCCUCACAUCAUUCCCCAUAGACCCCCAUGUG